AAAGGAAGGGCGUUGAGGGUGAAUGCGCACUAUCUGAACUGCAGUUUCAGUGACAAAUCCUCUCACUCAUCAUGUACACGAUCGCCGUUGCUCUCGUCGCAAGCCUCGUUUCCUUGGCCUCAGCUGACGGAGGUUUGGACCACGGCAUCGGCAUAGGCCAUGGCGUUGGAGGUGACAUCGGCAUUGGCCAUGGCGUUGGAGGUGACAUCGGCGUAGGCCAUGGCGUUGGAGGCGACCUCGGCAUAGGCCAUGGCGUUGGAGGUGACAUCGGCAUUGGCCAUGGCGUUGGAGGUGACAUCGGCAUUGGCCAUGGCGUUGGAGGCGACCUCGGCAUAGGCCAUGGCGUUGGAGGCGACAUCGGCGUAGGCCAUGGCGUUGGAGGCGACCUCGGCAUAGGCCAUGGCGUUGGAGGCGACCUCGGCGUAGGCCAUGGCGUUGGAGGCGACUUUGGUGGAGUCGGAAUAGGCGGAGGAUUUGGAGGUGGAUUUGGUGGAGUCGGACUUGGAGCUGGAGGGUUCGGUGGAGUCGUGGGAGGGAACGUUGUGAGCACCGUGCCCGUGGUCGUGCCUACUCCAUUUGCCGUGCACGUGCCAGUCCACGUGCCGGUCGUGAGGGAAUACACGGUCCCUCACUUCGUGACCAUCGUGAGGAAAGUGAAAGUCCCCGUUGAGGUCAUCAAAAAAGUCCCCGUUGAAGUCAUCAAGAAAAUACCGGUGCCCGUGAAAGUCCCCGUCCACGUCCACAAACAUCAUGGACACGUUCAUCAUUAACUUAGAUUACCAAAUAGUUUAUCCCGAUAAUUUAUUUUAUAAAAUAAUCGUUAGCAGGCUUCGCAUUUUUUUUCUCUUAAGUCAAUGUACGAGAAGAAGUGUAGAAAAACUGAAACGGAUUUUUACUUGCCAGUUACAAUAAAACUUCAAUGAUUUUG